UGGAUGGGCUAUAUUUAGCUGAUUGCAUUAUCAGCUCAGGUUUGAGCCUGCUGCUACAGUGAGCCAAGCGCCGCGACGCACGCCAAAGUGUACAGAAGCGCAUUUCCAGUACAACCUCGUUUUCGGCAGCAUUUGGACAUCAGCGAGCAGGCGAGCGGCCACCUGGCUCCUGGCUAGCUCACGUCACGGCUAGCUAACACCACGGCUAGCUAACACAGACAGCACCUCUGUCCUCCGAGCUUUUCUGAAACCUUCGCGGGACGAUUCGCCAGAGAGGGAGACAGCGAACGACUGGGAGAGAGGCCACAGAGGAGCCAUGUCUUCAGACGAAGGCAGGGCAAAGGAGAUUCUGAAGGGUUUCAAACUAAACUGGAUGAACCUCCGGGAUGCCGAGACGGGUAAGGUUCUGUGGCAGGGAACCGAGGACCUGUCCAUUCCCGGCGUGGAACACGAAGCUCGCGUCCCCAAAAAGAUCCUCAAGUGCAAAGCGGUUUCCCGAGAGCUCAACUUUUCUUCCUCGGAGAAGCUGGAGAAGUUCCGUCUGGAGCAGAAGGUUUUCUUCAAGGGGCAGUGUCUAGAAGAUACAAAGACUCAAACGUGUGUUUCCGUGUCCAGAGUGGUUCUUUGAGUUUGGCUUCGUCAUCCCCAACUCGACCAACACGUGGCAGUCUCUGAUAGAAGCGGCGCCCGAGUCGCAGAUGAUGCCGGCCAACGUCUUAACGUGAGUCCGUGAUGUUGUCACACGAGCACUUCCCGUUCCUUCAUCCAAACGGUAUCAAACAAAACUGCUUGCCUUUGCCCCCUGUUGGUCGGAUGACUACUGCUUGAGAAAGUAUUUGAUGCCACAGAACCUGUUUGAAAUGUACUGCGGCAAGCCCUUAGGUGACUUUCACCCCUCCCCCCCAGCGGCAACGUGAUCAUCGAGACCAAGUUCUUCGACAACGACCUGCACGUGAGCACGUCGCGGGUACGCCUCUUCUACGUCUGACGUCCUCCACAGUCCCGCCAUCGUCGUCUCGUCCCGCCCCACCGCCAAGGAAGAAGGCCACACGCUCUGCGACGCGGACCCGACCGGCACCGGGGGAGCGCAAGCGGCGUCUGUUUGUGACCGCAACUACACGAGCACUGAUCCCAAGUCAGCCAGCCGCUCGCUCCUCUUGUGCGUUGAACCAACAAACGAAGCUUUCUGUGUUUGCUCGCAUUCACUCAGGAACCAAAAUGCUUUCACAAACUCUCUCGGAGCUCGUCCCGCAUCUUGUAGAUCAGCGCACCUGCUGGGGCGGCUCUGUGAUUUGUUUCCUUUUGGAAAAGACAAGACACCAUGCAAACAUCGGGCGCGGGGGCGUAUAAUGCACAGCCCGCGUAUAGUUUGCUAGAGUUCCAUCCCCCCCCCCGCUCCUCAGAUUAGAAAAUGCUUGUUUGUGUUUAAUUGAACGUUUGAUUUUGAAAAGCACAACUGGCUGACUGAUAAUAUUCAAUCAUCCCAUGUACUCUUUGUCCAAAAACGAGUAGAAAGAAGUGUAUAUAUUCAUUUUUUUUAAAUGCAUUUUACUCUAUUUUUUUUCCAAUUGUAAGCAAUAAGAUAUGAAGAAACGUAAGGACCCCUUAAACCCCCAGUUUAUUUGCAGUAGAGGUGUCCUUUUUACUUGCAAAUUUGGCUAUUUACUGAUUUUUUUUGGGGCGAGAGUGGGCACAUUAUUUCCAGUUAUAAAUGGAAAACACCUGGCUUCAAAUUAUUAUCCACCCAAUACUGUAUUUGUUCAUGUUUAUUUAUGAGGAACAUUAGGAGAUCUUUUGAUGAGACCCUUGUGUCUUUCUAGAGCCCUAAAAUUUGCCCACACCUGAUAUAUGAUGAACAAAACAAAAUAUUUGAGGAGACUUGUGAAGUGUGAAGUGGCCUUGAGGUUUAGGGCCAAUCCAAUGUCAACUGACCUUUUUUGUCAGCCAGGUGUGGGUUUGAAUUUGUGUUCACUCGUCAUAUGACACAUCCAUAUGACCGGGACUGGAUCGUCAUGUUCCAUAGUGUUGUUAUGCUCCAUUCCCAGCCAGUCAUUGUUCUUUUGUUUUGUUUUUCCUUAGCUGCUACGUCAUCCAUGUAAUAUAGACUUGUUUUAAUAAGACUGAACUUGUGGAUUAAAACCAUCUUGUUGUAAUACAUGUCA